UUUUUUUAAAAGAUAUGAAUAAUCCUAACUAUACUAUCUUUAAACUCUAUUUAUACCCUAACUAACCACUAAAUUCUUCAAAUUCUACAAAAUCUUCAACAUUUUAUUAUAUAAUUUGUAAUUUACAAAACUGUCUCAUAUAAAAAAUAUUAGUGUAUAAUUUUUUUUGAAAAAGAUAUGAAUAAUCCUAAUUAUACUAUCUUUAAACCCUAUCUAAACCCUAAUUAACCCCUAAAUUCUAGAAAUUCUCUAAAAUCUCCAAAAUCUAUUAUUCCCUCCAACAUUUUAGAGCCCAAUACCCAAUUCCCUCCAACAUUUUGGACCCCAAAACCCAUUUUCCCACACUUAGAAUUUUUUUUCAUCUUUUGUUUCCUUAAGAAGCCGUAACCUUUCUCAAAGCCGUAACCUUUCUCACCUCUAAUAGUCUCUCACCUCUCGUCUCUUUCGAUCUCUCUUCUAGCUCUCUCUUCCAUGGCUGCUUCUACCGGAAACACAGCUAACGACCGUCGUCGUCCUCGCCCUCCCGGCUUGACUCUUCCAGAUUUCAGAUACGUGAGACCCCAAUUGCGAACCGCGUCAAUGCCUGCUGUUACGGCUCCUGCUCCUGCUCCUGCGCAACCAAUAGGACCUUCAAGUUCAGGAUCUGCGGCUCCUCCAGCGGCUCCUCCAACCUAUGUGAGGAGAACAGAAGAUGCUCUGCUACGUGCUCCAUCCAGAAUAAACCAGCCACACCUUCAUCCUGAUAAGCCCAAUGGAGCAUUGUGGUUUGGGGUUGAUCCUGAAGUUCAUGCUUUUAUCCGAGCAACAUGGCAGGGAGAUUACUGGGGGCCGUGGCAAAGCUGGAUAAAGGUUCCAGAGCCGAAGAGAAUAGGAUGGUGGCACUCAUUCAUUCAACAAUACUACUGGGAAGACAGUCUUCAUGAGGAAAUCCACUUUAAGUGGAAGCUUCAGACUCAAGUGACUAUCUGCGGACGCAUAAGCCAAAAAAGGAAAAAGAACAAGCAACCUAAAUACAUCAGUGAGAAUGACUGGAAAAUAGUCCUUGCGAAUUGGUCAACAGAUGGAGCAAAAGCCAAGAGCCAAUCAGCAGCUGAUUCUCGCACUUCGGCUCCGGUGGGGUUGAAGAUGCACGUCCAUGGUGCAGGACCACGCUGCUUUGUAAAUAUUGGGUAUCGUAUGAUGAUCGACCAAGGUUUGGAUACACUACCUUCAUAUACAGACCUUGCAAGCAAGACACAUACUCGCAAAGACGGGACCUUCAUGGACGAACGAACUGAGCAACUGGUUCUAGAGGUUGAGCAAGCAGUUGAAGAGAUGUUAGAAGAUGGUUCUCCAGAUGGAGAUAGCCAAACUUGCUCAACUGCUGCCACAGAAAAUUCUAAGCGCCUUCUCCUAAACCAAGAAUACAUCAAGCGUGGAAAGACAUGCAAGGGCACCAUUUAUGGGCUUGGCAGUGUUCAAUUCAACAACAAACAUCCUUCGGAGUCAGUUCCUGCUUCACUCAACCGAAACAUCGGCUUGGAGACGAGGGUUUGUGGUUUGGAGACCGUCACUCAGGAAAUCAGGUCUGAUUUCCAGACUUUGAAGUCUGAUGUUCAGGCUAUCAAGACUGACUUCAACCAAGGGAUGGCUAAAACUCAAUCAAGUCUCGACAUGAUUCUGCAGUUUCUUCAGCCUCAAGCUUCCAAUCAUGCUGCAUCUACUCCACAACCAACUCAGUCUCAAGCUCCUCCUCAAGGUCAAGCACCAUCUCCAGCUCGUGAUAUGUCUCCAGCUCAAGGUGAAUCACAACCUCAACACUUCACCGGUAACAAUUCUGAGUUAGAUAGGUGGUGCAACACACUCGGUUUGUAGGUCUUAGAUGUGGCGUGCCCUAAAUCAAGUUUAUGUAUUAUGUUUUAAUCUUUUGAACCUUCUGAAUGUUGAAUCUUUUGGAUGUUUGUCUUUUGAACCUUUUGAGCUUUUGGCUCAAUAUGUAAUAUAAUUUUCUGUUUC